GCCUUUAUUUGCUUGGCCUCACAGCGCACACACAACAAGAUGGAGAACAAGCAGGGCCCUAUUGAGCCGGUGGUCAGCACUGGAUCGGACCAUGGAGGCCACAAUUAUGGCGACGAGAAGGUCUCCACCGGUCAUCGCAGAAGCAGCGUCAACGCCGAAGUGCUGCAAGGCGAGAUAUUUGAUGAACGCUAUGAGACGACGCACAGAGGGCUGAAAUCGAGGCAUGCGCAAAUGAUUGCCCUCGGAGGUACCAUCGGUACUGGACUAUUCGUAGGAUCCGGUCAAACCCUCGCGCGCGGUGGCCCAGCAUUCAUUCUCGGCAGCUACUGCUUCAUGUCCUUUCUCAUCUUCUGCGUCGUCUCGGGUAUUGUCGAAGUCGCGGCCUACCUGCCCACUCCCGGUUCGUCGAUGAACUUGUUUGGUUACCGCUACGUCUCCAAGUCGCUAGGGUUCGCUAUGGCGGGUUUGGUCAUUGAGUAUUGGAAUCCCCCUGUCAACAUUGCAGUGUGGAUCACAAUCAUGAUUGUUGUUAUUGUCGGGCUCAAUGUUUUGCCUGUUAAGUUCUACGGUGAAACUGAGUUCUGGUUUGCCGGUACAAAAGUUAUCAUGAUGACAGCUCUGCUUAUUUUGUCUUUCAUCCUUUUCUGGGGAGGAGGCCCCGACCGCGACAGACUCGGCUUUCGAUACUGGAAAGAUCCCGGGGCAGCAAACACAUAUCUCGCAAGUGGCGACACUGGGCGCUUCCUAGCUUUACUAUCGACCUUUGUGCUUUCAGCUUUCCCGUUCACGUUCGCUCCAGAGCUGCUGAUCGCUACGGGAGGAGAAAUGCAGUCCCCGAGACGUAACCUGCCUAUUGCUGCUCGACGAUACAUCUACCGACUGAUAUUCUUCUACAUUGGCAGUGUCCUUGCCAUUUCCGUGACUUGUCCAUCCAACGAUCCCGCGCUUACAUCGGGCGACAAAGGCGCUGGAGCGUCAGCCUUCGUCGUAGGUAUCAAAAACGCCGGCAUUCCCGUCCUCGACUCCAUCAUCAACGCCGGUAUCAUCCUCUCGGCCUGGUCCUCCGGAAACUCGUUCCUAUACCUAUCAUCCCGCUCGCUCUACUCCCUGGCCCUCUCCGGCAACGCACCUAAAAUAUUCAAAACAUGCUCAAAGAGCGGAGUGCCCUACUGGGCCGUCGCAGCAUCCUCACUCUUCUGCGCCCUCGCAUACCUCAACGUCGCAUCCUCGGGCGCCAUCGUCUUCAACUGGUUCGUCAACCUCACAAACACAUCUGGCUUCAUAUCGUGGAUCUGCUGCGGGAUCGUAUAUCUGCGCUUCCGCAAAGCGCGAGAGGCACAACAAAUCCCUUUAUCCUCUUUACCCUACAAGAACAAAUUUGGUCGCGCGGGCGCCAUUAUCUCCAUCACCGGCUUCGUAUUUCUUCUCCUCAUCAACGGGUUCAACGUCUUCUGGCCGCAAAAUUGGAACGCGUCGAGUUUCUUGACCGCGUAUGUUGGGAUUCCGAUUUUCUUGGUGAUAUACUUUGGGCAUCGGGUUUAUUCAUGGAGCGAGCCGUGGAUGUAUCCUCCUUUGGAGGUAGAUUUGCAGACAGGGAUGGAUAGGGUUUUGGAGGAGGAGACGCCGCCGAAGAGUACGGACGGGGAAGCUUGGUAUAUGAAGGUUAAACGAGUUUGGUCGUAG